AUGGUCAAAAAGGAGAAGAAAGAAGAAAAUCGGAAAAAAUGUAGCAGUCCAAAGAAUGAAAACAUAAACGCUUGCUGUGACGUUUGUUGUUCGCCACCUAGCUGUCCUGCUUUCCCUCCUUGUCCAAAUCUUUGUACCAACCCUUGUUGCAAUCCUUGCUGCCCUUCACCAUGCUGUACCUCUCCGUGUUGUACGUCGCCAUGCUUUGUUACACCAUGCCGUCCACCUUGUAGUCUGUGUGGUCCGUGUAGUCCUUGUGGUCCGUGCGGUCCGUGUGGUCCAUGUGGUCCGUGCGGUUCGUGCGGUCCGUGUGAUCCGUGCGGUCCGUGUGGUUCGUGCAGUCCGUGCAGUCCGUGUGGUUCGUGCAGUCCGUGUGGUCCGUGCAGUCCGUGUGGUUCGUGCAGUCCGUGUGGUUCGUGUGGUCCAUGCAGUCCUUGUGGUCCAUUGACUGGCGAUUCACCGCAAACUGAAGGUGAUCCAGAUGACCCAUAUUUUGACGGACCUCAAGACGAUUUUCAGAAAAGUCCUGGGGGUGGUUCUUCGUUUAACGAUCCGCCAGAAAAUGGUAUCCCAAAUGGUGCUUCUGAAAUAGGUGGUGGCUCGGGAACACCAUCAGUGAAAGUUGGUUCUUCCGGCAGCCCCUCGCGAAGUGCUCCUUAUUCCGGUGGCCCUUCAUUACGUGGCCCUUCGGGUGGUGCACAAUCCUUCGGUAAACCUUCACUAGGUGACUCACCGUGUAAAAAUUCCUGCUGCUCACCUUGUUCACCCUGUUGUUCGCCCUGUGGUUCGCCCUGUGGUUCGCCCUGUUGUUCACCAUGUAGUUCGCCCUGUGGUUCGCCCUGUUGUUCACCCUGUUUUUCACCCUGUUGUUCACCAUGUGGUUUGCCCUGUUCACCAUGUGGUUCGCUCUGUUCCCCAUGUAGUUCACCCUGUUGUUCACCAUGUUAUCCACCAUGUUGUUCUCCAUGUAGUUCACCCUGUUGUUCACCAUGUUGUUCUCCGCCAGGCUGUGUUCCGUGUGGUUCAUAUCCAUGCUGCCUAUCGUCAUGUUCUUCCUGUUCUUGUGGUCAACCAUCCGGAUCGAAUUUGGGACAAUCUAAUCCGGACGAUCCUAAAUCCGAAAAUUCCAGUCAGCCGUCAUGUGCGAGCAUGCCGUGUUGUUGUUACGUGCCACUACCCUUCUACACUCCAAAGCCAGUAACUUGCCCACAUCCACACAAUUGUUACCCACCGCCAGGAAGUUUUCCACCUCCGAGUUGCUACGAACCAUUUUGCCCUCCAGGGUGCGUCGAACCUUGUAAAGGCCCUACAUUUGACGGGCCCAUAGAUGUUGUCAAAUCUCCGAGCUCCGGUUUAUGCAGUGGCUGGGAAACGCCUAUUUGCUGUCCGCCAUGCGUCAAUCCUUAUUAUAAUCCAAAGUGCAACCCCUUCAACUACCCAUGUGUACCUCCGUUGGAUGAAACGAAGUGCGACACGUGUGCAAUACCGGUUUGCAAUACGGUUUUAAACGAGUUUGUCAGCGAGGCAGAUUAUAGACUACCAAUGAAUCCACCACCACCAACGCUAAAAAGAUGCGCCAGAAAAGCUCGACCUAAACCGACCAGUCCUGUAGAAAUUCAACUGGUUCGUAAGAAAAAACCUCCACCAUGCGUUAUUUGUCCAUGCUUCUAUCCGGUUCAUUAUCCGUGCCCUGUUUGUUCUCCUUAUGAUAUGCCGUGCGUUCCUGAAGGGGUUGCCGUCAAACCGAUGUCUUGUCGUCUUCCUUUCACUCACGCCAAAAAACCGAACAUUGUCAUCAUCGAUUGUGAUCGUAAGGACGCGAUCGUUAGCGAAAUACUUGGCCUCGAAAUCGAAAAAACAGAGCUACAGAAAGCUGUGGAAAAAGCCGCCAUGGCUAAGGAAAUGUCGAACGCCUCCAUUGUAAGGAAGGCCAGUCUCAUGAAAAGAUCGAUAAAUUCCAAGAAAUUAUUGAAAGCUCAAACUGAGCUAAACUCGGGAAACAAUUGCAACAUCAAGGGAAGUUACAAGGAGGGUGAAACAUUUGGUAGGAGGAAAUGCUCGUUCGGCGUUUACAAGUGCAACGCCGAUGAUGCUGUGCACGGUGGAGGAGAUGAAGCUAACAGUAAAACAAGCGAAAAUGGCAGCAACAAAAACAAAGUCGUUAAAAACAACAGCAGCAACAAUAAUGACAACAACAAGAACAACAACGACAACGAGAACAACAACAAUAACGACAACAACAACAACGAAAACAGUGAUGUGCUGAUGUUUGAAAAUUCAAAGCCUCUCGCUUCUCAAUUCACCACUCAGUUUAUCAGCCCCUGCCCCGUCUACUGGCCCCACGUCUCCUCAACAACUCCACAAUUACCAAUGCAGUUUCUGUAUCCAUACGGACAAUCACCAUUCCCAAUAACCUACGUGCCAGGUAACAUGGCGCAAAACUUCUCCAACAAUCGCAAUGUUUUUCCUAUGUACCAAACAGCACCAGCACAAUUUCAACGACAGUUAGAACAACAAAAAUUAGACGCUGUCACAAAGAAAAUUGUCCAGAAAUCACAGAAACUUCAACCACAGCAGCUUCAACCACAGCAGCUUCAACCACAACAGCUUCAACCACAGCAGCAAACUCCUCAGCAGCAGCUAGCACAGCCACAACAACUUUCGAUACAACCGCUACCACCACAACAAAAUUUUAUGCAAUCGCCUCAAAAUUUCAUACCGGAGAAGCAGCAGCAAGUCGUGAACCAAACCGCGCAACAAACACCUCAGCAGGACCAAAACCUUCCACAGCAGUUUUUAUCAUCGCCAGUUUUUUGUCAGCUACCACUUAUGCAGCAGCAGCAGCUACAACAAACACAACCACAUUUACAGCAGCAGCCGCUAGUCAAACAACCACAACAGUUACAUCUUCCACAACAACAACAACCACAGCAACAACAACAGCAACAACAACAGCAACAACAACAGCAGCCUGACCCGAUAUCUCCGCAAAAUCUGACCGGCAACAAUUAUCAAAACUCACUCCAGCUGACGUCAGAGCCCGCAGUUUCUGAACUGACGCUAACUUCGCUGAGCUCGGCCGUCAAUGUCAACACCAAUUCUCCGGGCACCCUGAAAAGAGAUUCCAUGGGCCCCGCACCUUCCGAUGUAAGAAGCGAUGACACCAGUUUGAAGUCAUCGAAGCCAACUCAGAGCAUCAAAAACUGCGUGUACAUCGACGAUAGAGAUUACAUCAGAGAAAGCAAGAGGAGGCGAUCUCACUUCGAACCACCGAAUGUUGGUUUAUUGGAGCAUCCGGAUGAGUUGGACGAACCGGAAAUGGAAAUAGACCCCUGCUCACCCUGCAUCAGCUGUCAUCCCAUUUAUAAAUGGAACAAUUUUAGACAGAGAGAGUUGAGUUUUUACCAGAAGACGAAUAAAUUCUGUUGCGGGUCGAAAAUUUGCAACAACGUCGGUCGGUUCGAUAGGCCGAUUCGAAAUUGCAUCUGUUUCUCGGCCGACGGUCCAUACCCGCCAACCUGCGAAUGCGAUGAAAGUUCCAUGUGCCCCGGUGUACCAAGAGAUAAUCAGUAG